ACAUAACUUUUAGGGGGCCAAAUUGCAAAAUUUCGCCUUCAAAGACAAUGAGAAAUUUCUUCAAUCAGUCGAUCUAGAAUUCAACAGAGCUCUCUUAAUACAGGCGAGGUUUUGGUGGUAGCUGUUGAUCAUCGUCUUCAUCGUAUCAAUGAUCUCUCAAUUCUUCGUGCUAUCACAGAGAGGCGACAACAUCGUUUUCCGAGACUAUCGUAGUGAUGUACAGAAAGGAAGUGCAGAGAUAUUUUUCCGCAAAGUGAAGUUCUGGAAGGAAGAUGGCAAAGAGGAAGCUCCUCCUGUCUUUAAUCUAGAUGGUGUAAACUACUUUCAUGUGAAGGUGGUUGGCCUGCUUUUUGUUGCAACCACAAGGAUCAACUUGUCCCCUUCCUUAGCUCUGGAACUUCUGCAGAGGAUUGCACGCGUCAUCAAAGAUUAUCUUGGUGUUCUUAACGAAGAAUCCUUACGAAAAAAUUUUGUACUUGUGUAUGAGCUGCUUGAUGAAGUCAUAGAUUUUGGCUAUGUUCAAACGACAUCGACUGAAGUUUUGAAGUCUUAUAUAUUCAAUGAACCAAUUGUGGUUGAUGCUGCACGUUUGCCUCCCCUUGGUCCGGCAUCCUUGUUCAUGCAAGGAACCAAACGAAUGCCUGGGACCGCAGUUACAAAAUCUGUUGUGGCAAAUGAACCAGGGGGGAGAAAGAGGGAGGAAAUCUUUGUUGAUAUAAUUGAGAAAAUAAGUGUCACCUUUAGCUCUAGUGGAUAUGUAUUGACUUCCGAAAUUGAUGGAACCAUUCAAAUGAAGAGUUAUCUAACUGGAAACCCAGAGAUCAAAUUAGCUCUCAAUGAUGAUCUAUACGUCGGGAGAGGCGGGGUACCAAAUUAUGGCGGCUACAGUGGUUCUUCAGGGUCAGGAGCAGUUAUUUUGGACGAUUGCAAUUUUCAUGAAUCUGUACAUAUGGACAAUUUUGAGGUUGAUAAAACAUUGAGUCUGGUACCACCAGACGGCGAAUUUCCUGUCAUGAAUUAUCGUAUUACCCAGGAAUUCAAGCCCCCCUUUACUGUUAACACCUUAAUUGAAGAAGCGGGAUCCCUCAAGGCUGAAGUGAUUUUGAAAAUCCGUGCCGAGUUUCCUUCAAACAUCACUGCCAAUACAGUUUUAGUAGAAAUGCCAUUGCCAGCAUGUACAACCAGAGUCAAUUUUGACUUGGAACGUGGAGUAGUUGGGCAGAAUGCUGAUUUCAAAGAAUCACAGAAGAGACUCGAGUGGAGUGUGAAGAAGAUGGUGGGGGGAUCAGAACACACUCUACGUGCAAAGUUAAAUUUUUCACAGGAGUUGCAUGGAAAUAUCACUAAAGAAGCUGGACCCGUCAGUAUGACCUUCACAAUACCUAUGUAUAAUCCUUCAAGGCUGGAGGUGAAGUAUUUACAGAUUGCGAAGAAGUCCAAAACUUCCAACCCGUAUCGUUGGGUGAGAUACGUCACUCAGGCUAAUUCUUAUGUUGCUCGCAUGUGACAGCUGUCAUGGUUUUUCCCCGUUGUUUAUAUUCAUUUCCUUUUUAUGCUUCGAUUUCUAUUGCCGUUUAGUGUAAUGUUUCUUGAGUUAUAUCUCGUUAGAUUAAUGCUUGCAAUACGUCUUUCUUUUUCGAUCGGGACUUUCUCAAUGACGGAAGCUGGAUCUCUUAUAGCAUGUACAAUUUGCAUUACUCGGACUUGCUCAAUUUGCAUGUACUAUCUGCACUAUUUGGACUUUCUCAAUUUGCAUGUACAAUUUACAAUAACCUUCAGAACAUGAUAUUGAGGUCACAUUAGUUUAUUCAAGAGUUUUGAGUGCCUAAGAGAGAA